UCAAUUAUUUGAUAUCAGUUUCAGUGCAAUCUUUUAAAUGAAAGACGCAGUAAUAUUACUGCUAUGUGCAAUCGCACUAGCAGAUGGUUUUAACCAUGAACUUCUCUCAAAUUCCCGCUCAUGUAACUGCAACCCGUCUGAGGCGCAACAGAUCUGCGAAGCUAAUUACGGUAAAGAUGAUGUAUUAAUAGCACAUGAAAACUGUGACAAAUUCUACAAAUGUGCUAAUGGAAAACCGUUUCCCUACAAAUGCCCAAACAAUCUUUUAUACGACCCGUACAAAGAAGAAUGUGAAUGGCCAUGGUUGGUUGACUGUGGUGACAGACCCAUUUCUGAGGGAUCGGACCAGGAAGAUGGCGGCGUAGACAACGAUAACAACGAUAGCAAUGAUAAUAACGACGUCGACGAUGGUUGGACCUGUAACUGCAACCCCAGUGAAGCACCAUCUAUUUGUGCAGCUGAAGGUUCUAGCGGUGUCCUUGUUGCUCACGAAAACUGUGAUCAGUUCUACAUGUGCGAUGCAGGCAGACCAGUAACCUUCGAUUGCCCACCAACUUUGAUGUACGAUCCGCACCGAGAAGAAUGCUACUGGCCUCAUGAAGUAGACUGUGGUGACCGAGGCAUUUCGGAACCAGGCAAUGAUCAAGGCAAUGACAAUGAUGGCAAUGAUAAUAAUAGCAGCAAUGAACAAGGUGGUGUAUGCAAUUGCAAUCCAGAAGAAGCUCCAGCUAUCUGCGCCAGUCCUGGUUCAGAGGGUGUUCUGGUAGCACAUGAGAAUUGUGAAAAGUACUACAUAUGCAACCACGGCAGACCAGUCGUUGCUUCAUGCUCGGGAAACUUGCUAUUUAACCCUUACACAAAUGAAUGUGGCUGGCCGAGGGAUGUUGAUUGUGGAGACAGAAUUGAACCCGGCUGUACCGGUUGCAACGAUAACAAUAACAAUGAUGAUGAUGACAGUGACUGCGAUGGCGAUGAUCCAGUUCCACGUCCAGCUGAUAAUGAUGAUAGUGAAAGUGCUGAUAUCGAUGACUUACCACCACCUGGUGAUGAUGCUUCGGUACGUCCACCAGUUGACGAAGGGACAUGUAAUUGCAAUCCUGAACAGGCACCUUCAAUUUGCGCAGAAGACGACUCUGAUGGCGUCCUAGUCGCUCAUGAAGAUUGUAACAAAUUCUACAAAUGCCACAACGGUAAACCGGUUGCUCUGUAUUGUCCCGGCAGCCUGUUGUACAACCCCAACACUGAACAAUGUGACUGGCCAGAAAAAGUUGACUGUGGAGACAGGGUAAUCCCUGAUCCUGAAGAUAAUAACAACAACGACAGUAGUGGUGGCAACAAUGACGGAGGUAAUGAUGGCGGUAACGACGGUGGCAACGGAGGAGGUGGCAACUGUGACCCUAGUGAAGCUCCUGCUAUUUGCGCAGAAGAUGACUCGGAAGGCGUUUUGGUAGCACACGAAAACUGUAACCAAUUCUACAAGUGUUCUGGAGGCAAACCCGUGGCAUUGUUGUGCCCAGGAAAUCUUUUGUUCAACCCCAACACUGAUCAAUGUGAUUGGCCAUGGGAAGUAGACUGUGGAGACAGAAUUAUCCCAGAUCCUGAUCAAAAACCUGACCCUGAGGACUCCAGCGAAGAUAGCAGCGCUGACAUCGAUGACCUACCUCCACCUGGUGAUGACGUUACUACCCGACCCCCAGGUACAUGUAACUGUAACCCUGAAGAAGCACCUUCCAUCUGUGCUCAAGACGGUUCGAACGGCACACUUAUCGCUCAUGAAGACUGCAACAAAUUCUACAUUUGCGAUCACGGAAAACCCGUCGCUCUCUCUUGUCCCGGAAACUUACUGUACAAUCCUUACACCGAAAAGUGUGACUGGCCAGAAAAUGUUGAAUGUGGGGACCGAGUUACCCCAGACCCAGACGCUACUCCGGCACCUACUGCUGCCCCUACUGCAGCACCCACUGCGGGACCCACUGCAGCACCCACUGCGGGACCCACUGCGGCUCCUACUGCGGCUCCCACUGCGGCUCCCACUGCGGCUCCCACUGCGGCUCCCACUGCUGCACCAACACGGCCACCAAUCGACGAAGGAACAUGCAACUGCAAUCCUGGUGAAGCACCUUCCAUUUGUGCUCAAGACGGCUCUAACGGCACACUUAUCGCUCACGAAGACUGCAACAAAUUCUACAUUUGCGACCACGGAAAACCCGUCGCUCUCUCUUGUCCCGGAAACUUGCUGUACAAUCCUUACACCGAAAAGUGUGACUGGCCAGAAAAUGUUGAAUGUGGAGACCGAGCCACCCCAGACCCAGAAGCCACUCCGGUACCUACUGCUGCCCCUACUGCAGCACCCACUGCGGGACCCACUGCAGCACCAACUGCGGGACCCACUGCAGCACCCACUGCAGGACCCACUGCAGCACCCACUGCAGCACCCACUGCGGCUCCCACUGCUGCACCAACACGGCCACCAAUCGACGAAGGAACAUGCAACUGCAAUCCUGGUGAAGCACCUUCCAUUUGUGCCGAGGAUGGCUCUGACGGCAUUCUAAUCGCUCACGAAGACUGCAACAAAUUCUACAUUUGCGACCACGGUAAACCCGUUGUUCUGUCUUGCCCAGGAGACCUGUUGUACAAUCCUUACACCGAACAGUGUGACUGGCCAGAAAAAGUUGAAUGCGGGGACAGACUGAUCCCAGAUCCCGAACAAAAACCCGAUCCUGAAGACUCGGGCGAUGAUAGCAGCGCAGACAUCGAUGACCGUCCUCCACCUGGUGAUGACGUCACUACCCGACCCCCAGGUACAUGCAAUUGUAACCCUGAAGAAGCACCUUCCAUCUGUGCUCAAGACGGCUCUAACGGCACACUUAUCGCUCACGAAGACUGCAACAAAUUCUACAUUUGCGACCACGGAAAACCCGUCGCUCUCUCUUGUCCCGGAAACUUACUGUACAAUCCUUACACCGAAAAGUGUGACUGGCCAGAAAAUGUUGAAUGUGGAGACCGAGUUACCCCAGACCCAGACGCUACUCCGGCACCUACUGCUGCCCCUACUGCAGCACCCACUGCGGGACCCACUGCAGCACCCACUGCGGGACCCACUGCGGCUCCUACUGCGGCUCCCACUGCGGCUCCCACUGCGGCUCCCACUGCGGCUCCCACUGCGGCUCCUACUGCUGCACCAACAAGGCCGCCAAUCGACGAAGGAACAUGCAACUGUAAUCCUGGUGAAGCACCUUCCAUUUGUGCCGAGGAUGGCUCUGACGGCAUUCUAAUCGCUCAUGAAGACUGCAACAAAUUCUACAUUUGCGACCACGGCAAACCCGUCGUUCUGUCCUGCCCCGGAAACCUUUUGUACAACCCUUACACUGAACAAUGUGAUUGGCCAGAAAACGUUGAAUGUGGAGACCGAGUGACCCCAGACCCAGAUGCAACUCCUGCACCUACUGCUGCCCCUACUGCGACACCGACGGCUUCACCCACUGCAGCACCCACAGCGGGACCCACUGCAGCACCCACUGCGGCUCCCACUGCGGCACCAACCACACGGCCGCCAAUCGACGAAGGAACAUGCAACUGUAAUCCUGGUGAAGCACCUUCUAUCUGUGCAGAAGAUGGUUCAGAUGGCAUUCUAAUCGCUCAUGAAGAAUGCAACAAAUUCUACAUUUGCAACCACGGUAAACCCGUCGUUCUGUCCUGCCCCGGAAACCUUUUGUACAACCCUUACACUGAACAAUGUGAUUGGCCAGAAAACGUUGAAUGUGGAGACCGAGUGACCCAAGACCCAGAUGCAACUCCUGCACCAACUGCAGCACCUACUUCGACAACCACUGUUGCACCAACUGCAGCGCCUUCUACGACAACAACUGUCGCACCAACUGCAGCACCUACUACGACAACUACUGUUGCACCAACUACGACAACCACUGUUGCACCAACUGCAGCACCUACUACGACAACCACGGUUGCACCAACUACGACAACCACGGUUGCACCAACUGCAGCACCUACUAUGACUACCACUGUUGCAUCUACUGCGGCACCAACUGCUGCACCCACUGCAGCACCAACUGCGGCACCGACACCCGAUGACAGUGAUUGUGAUGAAGACAACAAUGGAGGCGAUGACACAUGCAACUGUAAUCCAGACGAAGCUGCAUCAAUUUGCUCCGUGGGUAACUCGGACGGUAUUCAUGUAGCUCAUGAGAACUGCAAUUGGUUCUACAAAUGCGAUAACGGCAGACCUGUUCCAUUUAGAUGUCCCUCGGGUCUAAUGUAUAAUCCAUACACACAAAUAUGUGACUGGCCAUGGGAUGUUGAAUGUGGUGAUAGAGUAAUUGCUGACAAUGAUGACGAUGAUUCAAGUGAAGAAGAUAACGACAAUGAUAACGACAGUGGUGUUGUUGGUCCUUGCAAUUGCAAUCCAGAAGAAGCUCCCGCAAUUUGCGCAGCUGAAGGAUCUAAUGGCGUACAGGUUGCUCAUCAGAAUUGUAACCAAUACUACAUGUGCGACAAUGGAAGACCAGUAGCUUUCACUUGCAACGGGUUCCUUCUAUACAACCCCUACACUCAGCAGUGCGAUUGGCCUCACCUCGUGGAGUGUGGAGACAGAGUGAUUCCAGAACCCGGUGAUGAGGAUGAUGAAGACUGCGACGACGAUGAUGAUAACAGCAACAAUAUAAUCAAUGACGAUCCUAGCCAGGCUCCAGCCAUCUGCGCUGACAGUGGUUCUCAGGGAGUACUUGUAGCACAUGAGAACUGCGACCAAUAUUACAUUUGUGAUGGAGGCAGGCCCGUAGCGCGACCGUGCCAGGGUGGACUUCUCUACAAUCCGCUAACUCAGUACUGCGACUGGCCAGGAAAUGUCAACUGCGGUGACAGGAUUAUCCCUGAUGACUGCGCCUGUAAUCCCAGAAAUGCGCCCAGACUGUGCAGUAAGCCAGACUCCGAAGGAAGCUUGGUAGCACACGAAAAUUGUAAUCAGUUCUAUAUUUGUGCCCACUCAGUCCCUGUAGAACAUUUCUGCCCUGUUGGCUUAUACUACAACAUUGAGCUAGAAUUGUGCGACUGGGCACAGAAUGUCAACUGUGAAAACAGAAAUCUGCCAUCUCUCAACAAACAUUGGGAGUCUCGUCAAACUCUUAGGAAAUAAUCGAUGUAUAAUAAGUUUAAAUUAUAACUGUGUCGUUCUGAUUAAAAAUGCAAUGUCAGUAUUUAUAUAUAGUCAUUAUUUAGAUAUUUAAAAUUUAACAGUAUUGUUUUCUGUUUGCCUUUAUUUUGGAUUUGGAAUAUCAAAAAAUAAAAUAAUAUUAUGAAUUAA